AUGUUCCGAUCAUCGUUUAUUAUUCUUCUAACUUUGAUUAUAAUAUUUACAAAUGGAAACAAUAUAACUAUAAUAACAAAUGAAAGUAAUAUGACUAGUCCAAUACAAAAUACAACCACCACCGCCACCACAAUCACAACCACAACCACAACCACAACAACAACAACAGCAACACGAAAACCAUCUAGUAUUAAACUAUGUGGUCCUGCUUUAGUUCGAAUGCUUGAAAUGGUAUGUGAUAAAGUUAAACAAUUCAUAUUAAAAGCACAAGUAUCAGAAUCGUUACCUUCGUCUUCACAUGAAAAACGACAUAUGAUUGUUGAUGACGAUCCAUAUACACACACACUUUUAGUUAAAGAUUAUGCGCAAUUUAAUAAUACAAUUAUCGGCAAUUGUUGUCUUCAAGCGUGCACGCUAAAGACAUUAAUAGAAUACUGUUAG